AUGGCCUCAAAGCGAAUUCAAGAUGAUCAAAACAACUCCAGAAAUCGUCCCGCGAAGAGAUCCAAGGCCAGCCAGGCCUGCUCGACUUGUCGAAAACACAAAACGCGGUGCGAGUUGCUAGACACGAAUUGCACGACCGGUCCCAUCCAAUGCCACCGUUGCAAAGUGCUCAAUAUCGAGUGCUCGUUCGAGAACUCGGAUAUCAUCAUCUUACCGAAGAACUCCUCAGGUCCCCCUGGCGCAGCUCCUGGAGUUGAGUUCAGCCCCGACAUUACAUCCGAGCCAACGUCGGACUCGGCGCACAACUCUGUGCAAGCGGAGAGUCCGCCUACUCCCCCGGAGAAUAGCAAUAGGCUUCUCAAAGUUGAUGAUUUCAUUCCGACUCCACGCACACCUUGGGGGUCUCUGAAUCUACCAGAUGGCUUCGACUGGGGAGUAGCGCCUAUAACUGCGGUUCAAGGGUUCACGACGCCCCAGUUAGCCCCUCAAAGGCAUAGCCCAUAUCACGAUACCGCCCUAUCCGCGAUAUUAACGCCGUCGCAAAUCGCGAAUUGCCUCGAAAUCUUCGAGAGUCGUUACCGGCCAUGGAUGAACCUACCGCCGUCGAAAGAAAACACCCCGGCUCUCGAUUUAGCACGAUGCCUCAUUGCAGCUCGACAUCUCGACUCGCUGACCCGUAGCCGGGUUGCCCCCCGCCUUCAGGUUCUAGUAGAGAAAACUAUUUUACAACCAGGAUACAUGUCGAUGUCCGCCGAAUUUGUGGAGGUGUUGCUGAUGUUCUCGCUGUGGGAACCUCUGUGCGGGGACGGCUACGAUCUUCCGCGAGAAGGACGAUUGCUGGCCACGUCCGCCGUGGAAGUCGCUCAGAAACUUGGCUACGACCGUUACGGGGUGUUAACCCUGAGACAGGGUGCCCUGGAUUUAAUGGACGCGAACUCAGACGAGAUUCGGUUUACUCGUCUGUGGACAACGGCGAAUAACAUCGAACAGCUGCUCCUCCUAGGUACCGGAAAGGCCAGUCCGACGCGAAAACGGAUGACAGAUCGCGAUUUUAUGUCAGUUUUCACGACGGAGGACUCGCGAGACAUGAGGUUGGGCUUAUUCAGUCGGUUAUUCGAUCUCACGGACAGAGGGAUGUCAAUACAUAUGGAAACCUCGGCAGAUAUGGACCAGUUUCAUAAGGAAGCGACGGACGUACUCAACUCGUUUUCGUGGCUCCAUCGUCUCAUCGCGCCGCUCCCAGUUGUAUCUCAAUUCGACUCAUUUUACUUCCAUAUACUGGAGAUCAACUAUCAUAUCUGCCGACUACUAAUCAUCCACAACAUUCUUCUCAAUAUGAGGAGAGUUUUUGACACUUCGUCUCAACGAAUGUGGUUUCAAGUGCAACAUAAUAACGUGUACCUCGCGCACGGCUGGACUGGUGAUGCCCUCUGCACAGCAGAAGCUGCGCUCAUUGCCCUCCUUUCCCGCCCCGACUUUGUCUCCCUCUCUACCGUCCCAGAUCAAUACUUCACCCUUCUCACUUUCGCUUGCACAUUCCUCAUUGUCGCGCGAUUUGCUAUCUACCAUAUUCGAGAAGGACCUUUGCACGGGCAGACGGAGAACUUGCUGAUGAAGACUGCGGAACGGUUUCAACAAGCCGCACUUUCGCCCAACCACAUGCCCAAUAGGUGUGCUGAGGCAAUCAAGGAGCUUCUGGGAGCAUGGGAACGCAGAGGCCCCAGGGUCAUAUCCACUUCCAAAGAAAUCGCUCUUCGGCCCACAACGCAAUCGGGAGAGAAUCAUCAUAGUUCUGGUCCAGGACAUAACGGAAUACCCGCUUCCUCGUCGUACCCUCACUCGCAAUCACAUACAACCGUCCCUCCUAUUCCACCAAAUAUUCCACCCGGUUUUGCAACAUUCUCCGACCCUGAUAUGUUCUUCGACGCCCAAUUCUGGUCUUCAUUCAUCGGUAACCUCAAUCCAUAA